AUGCGUUCGGCGCGAGGGGCGCACCAGUUCUUCCACGAAAAACGUCCUCUGUCCAGCAACUAUCGGUUCUGCAAGAUCUGCUGGCCGGACGAACAACCUGUUGUGCUCAAUGUGAAAACUCUCAUGGACUCAGGCUUCAUGCCGUCAAUGGAAUAUGACGGGUGCGUGUGGCAGGAGAGCUCCACGGGCUCCAUGCUGCGGCAUCUGCGGCGUUUUCACGCCGACGAGAUCCCGGAGAGUCUGCGCGAGCACCCCCGCGAGGAGGGUUGCGCCGUGCGGCGUGUGGACCACGACCUCACCCGGGAGUGGGCCGUCAUCAUGGUCAUCAAAAACCUGAUUCCCGUGCGUGUUGCAGACGACGCCCGGGACGGGAUCACCCGCUUGAGCCAGCUCGGCGGCCGCUCUGUGAUGACGCAGGAGGUCGGCCGCACCAUCGACGGAAUUGUUGCGGAGUCCAGGGCCGCUGUGCGGGCAGCUGCAGAGAAAGGAUGUCGUUUUGCUAUCGGAUACGACAGCUGGAAGACAAAAGGUCUCUGUCCGAAACAUUUCAACGCCAUCAUCGUCGACUGGUGCGACCUGGAAUUCGAACGCCACUCGGUCGUCCUCGAGGUGUUCCACAUGGUCGGCCGUAAGAAUGCUGCCUCUUACAAGUCAAUGUUGGAGAAAGCUCUGGCUGCUGCCGGCCUGACGCCAGACCACAUCGUCUGCGGGCUGUCCGACCACGAAGCGGCCCCGCGAAAGGGCAUUCGCGACUUGGGCUUGAACGCCCUUGGGUGCGGGUGCCAUCUGAUUCAGUUGGCGGGAAAGCACAGCGUCCCGCCAGCGAGGCCGAAAAAACGUCACGCCAAGGUCAUGGAGCCUGUGUGUAAAAAAGCUCGUUCCAUUGUGAAAUACUACCACCGCAACGGCUCCGAGUACGACGCCUUGGUUUCAGACGCGGCGUCCCAGAACCCGCCCGUGCCGACUUGCGCAUUCGCGCAAGAAGGCGAGACUCGCUUCUCCGGCACCCUGUUGUCCUGGGUCUCCCUGAUCAAGAACGCCAGGGCUCACAACCUCACUCGCGGCCUCCACCCCAGGCGCUCUGCCCCAGAGCCCCUGGGCGAGCCCAGCGUCAGGGAGCUCGUCGACAUUUGUUGUGCCAUGGGGCCGCUCCUGACGGCGACGCGCACCCUCGAGGGGGACGCCAACAAGGGCACCAUUUCCUUGUUUCUCCCUGUUCUCCAUCAGACGCGCGGGGCGUACGACCCGGCGACUGCAGAGCUGAGGGUGCCGAGGGAGCUCCGCUCGUACACCGUCGGCCCCACGUGGACGAAGGCCAACAUGGGCGCCCUGG